AUGAACGCCGUCGAUGCCACCGAACGUGGCAGCGGUCAGCAAGAUGGAGAGCCGCCGUCCCUCCUCACCAUCAUCCUCGACACGAAUCCGCACGCCUGGGCUCUCCUCGAAGACUCCCUCUCUCUAUCCAAGGUCGUCGUGAAUUUGCUGGUCUUUGUCAACGCUCACAUCGCCAUCAACCACGCCAAUCGAGUCGCCGUUCUCGCCAGUCAUUCGGAACGCGCGGAAUGGCUCUAUCCUACCGCACCGAGUUCACAUUCUCAUCGGACCAACGGCGACGAUGUCGAAAUGGCAGACUCAACCGCGACCAUGAAUGGAGGCGCCAAUCACCCUCCACCAGAUGAUCCCAACAAAUACCGUCCCUUCGCCCAAAUCGAACACGCCCUCGCCAACAACCUCCGAAAACUCAUCGAACGCACAUCAACCUCCUCCCUCUCCGCCACUCCCGCAACCAUGAUGGCAGGCGCCUUGACAAUGGCCCUCUCCUACAUCUCAAAACAAUCCGCCGCUCUCCCAACAACCACCUCCAGCGCGCAAUUCAACUACUCCGACCCCAACGCCGGCCCAGCAGGCGGCAACGACCUCGCAGCCGACAACAAAGGUCCCAACAACCUCCUCGGCCUGACCUCUCGCAUCCUCAUCCUCUCCGUCUCAGGCGAUCUAGCGGACCAAUACAUCCCCAUCAUGAACUCCAUCUUCGCCUGCCAACGUCUCAGCAUCCCCAUCGACAUCCUCAAACUUGCUGGCGAUACCGUCUUCCUCCAACAAGCCGCUGACGCCACGGGUGGGAUUUACAUGGCGUUGGACGAACAGUCUCGAGCGGGUUUCCUCCAGUAUCUCAUGUUCGCCUACCUUCCCGACCAGACCGCGAGGAAUCAUCUCAUCAUGCCUGGGGAGAGUGAAGGUGUCGACUUCCGCGCUGCAUGUUUCUGUCAUCGACGAGUGGUGGACAUUGGAUUCGUGUGUUCGAUUUGUCUGAGCAUUUUCUGCGAGCCGAUGCAAGAUGGUCAGUGUUUGACGUGUGGGAGUCAUCUGAGCAUGGCGAAUUACGGACAGAAGCCGGCUGUGGUUCCGAAGAAGAAGAAGAAGAAAGUGCCGAGGAAGGGGAUUGAUGGAGUUGAUACUCCUAGUAGUCGGGCGGGUACUCCUCUUCCUGCGUGA